UUAGAAAAUAAGAUAAAUUCUUAUUAAAACGCUGCCCAGCAUUGUGCAACGGUCAAAAUUCUACGGUGGAAGGAGGUAAGUUUCACAAUCCAAAGUUUCGUACUGUGCACUUAAACACCGCACAUUCAGUGUGAGGGAGGUGCAUAGAUAUUCAGGUGAACAAAUGCCGUUAAACCCCGCAUAUUCAGUGUGAGGGAGGUGCAUAGAUAUUCUCGACCCUUCCCUCUCCAGGAUUUUGCAGAUCUAGAUUUCUUUUUCUGUUGAAUUGAAAGUUGCAUAUAUUGAUAUGGCUCAACUUCAGUCUUUUUCUAUGUUUUCUUCGACCAAAUUGUCUCUCUCAAGCCCUGUAAAAGCUGGUGGUAGGCACACUCAAGAUUUGAAAUUUCUGCAUUUCAACGCUUCUGCAGUUUCUACAGGUGGUAGAACAUCUCUGCGAGUGUUGUCUUCCAAUCAAAACCAAAUCUUUUCAAACUCAGGAGAAUCAUCAAGCAAAUUGGCAGGGGAAGAUAUUACUCUCAAUGCAAAGUGUUCAAGCAAAGUCUCCCAAAUUCCAGCAACUAAAGUGGCAUUAGUUGCCGAAGAAAGGACAGAAACACCAAAGGAAAGAAAUGGAGGAAUACGUGGAAAAUUAAAUAAAGUGGUUCUGGCCUAUAGUGGUGGAUUAGACACGUCAGUGAUCGUUCCUUGGCUGAGGGAAAACUAUGGCUGUGAUGUCGUAUGUUUUACUGCAGAUAUUGGCCAGGGUAUUGGUGAAACUGAAGGCUUAGAAGAAAAGGCUACGGCCAGUGGUGCAAGCCAACUUAUCAUUCAGGAUCUGAAAGAAGAAUUUGUGAGAGAUUAUGUCUUUCCAUGUUUGCGUGCUGGUGCAAUUUAUGAAAGAAAGUAUUUGCUAGGAACAUCAAUGGCCCGACCUGUCAUUGCAAAGGCUAUGGUGGAUGUUGCUAGAGAAGUUGGGGCAGAUGCAGUUGCACAUGGAUGCACAGGAAAAGGAAACGAUCAGGUUCGGUUUGAGUUAACUUUCUUUGCACUAAAUCCAAAACUGAAUGUUUUGGCACCUUGGCGUGAGUGGGAUAUAAAAGGAAGAGAAGAUGCAAUUGAGUACGCUAAAAGACAUAGAGUUCCUGUUCCAGUAACUAAGAAAUCAAUUUACAGCAGAGAUCGAAACCUAUGGCAUCUUAGUCAUGAGGGAGAUAUCCUUGAAGAUCCAGCUAAUGAGCCACAGAGUGACAUGUUUCUGAUGACAGUGGGCCCAGAGAAAGCACCAAAUGUAGCAGAAUAUGUCAAGAUAGGCAUAAGAUCUGGAACACCAGUUUCCCUGAAUGGAAAAGAACUUUCUCCUGCAAAUUUAUUAGCAGAAUUGAAUACAAUUGGGGGAAGACAUGGUAUAGGACGUGUUGACAUGGUGGAGAACAGGUUGGUUGGCAUGAAGAGCCGGGGUGUGUAUGAAACUCCCGGAGGCACAAUUCUUAAUGCAGCUGUACGGGAAUUAGAAUCCCUUACACUUGAUAGAGAAAUGAUGCAGGUUAAAGAUACCCUGGCUCUCAAAUAUGCAGAGCUGGUUUAUGCAGGUAGAUGGUUUGAUCCAUUAAAAUACUCAAUGGAUGCAUUCAUGGAAAAGAUCACAGAGACAACUACUGGAACUGUAGUAUUGAAGCUUUACAAGGGUUCUUUGUCUAUUGCAAGUCGAACUAGUCCAUACAGUUUAUAUCGUCAAGAUAUAUCCUCUUUUGAGGAGGGUAGCGGAAUUUACAACCAAGCAGAUGCUGCUGGUUUCAUUCGUCUCUAUGGCCUUCCAAUAAGAGUUCGAGCUAUGCAACAAAAUGGAAUAUAAUGUUAAAGAAGGAUCUUUGCCAUGCUAUUUUGUACGUGGUGACGGGGGUGAAGGCUGUUCUGCCAUAUAAGAUGCAUACGUGUUCAGCUUGUUUUGCAUAUUUUGCAUCAUAGCAUUCAUAUUAGUAGAUGACUGUCAAGCACACUGAGUAAAAGCUGAAAGGUGUAUGAUGAAAUUAUGUGAUUAUAAUUCCGCAGUUCUUGUUACAGAAGUUUUGUAUUGCAGUUCACUUUGAAAAUUGAUACUUUUACUUCA